ACAUAAGAAGUUAAUUCCCUCUGCUCUGCACAGAUAGACUUCAACUAGAUUCCAGCUCUCAGCAUGGCAUUUCAGGAAAGAUGUGGACAAAUUGGAGAAAGUCCAGAGAAGAGCAACAAACACGAUUAAAAGUCUAGGAAAGAGGCCCUAAGAAGGAAGAUUGAAAGAACUGGGUUUCAUUGUUGUGUUUCUUCUUUGGAAAGUUUCAUCAUAAAGCCAUAACGCCUAAUCACUUGUUCUAUGGAAGAGUAAAUGUUUUCGAACGUAACCUCCAAAUAUCUUUGGACUCAAAAAGAAGAAAUGUAUAUAAAUCUGAAGAUAUGUUUCUUAUUGAUAUUAAUGAAUCAUGCAAAAACUGCAAGUGGUCAGAAGUCUGAUAAAGAUUUGCCUCCAUUAUUACAAAAAGCUGCGGUCAGUAUUUUUAUUUUAUCUAUAUUCCAGACUUCUGUAAUAAAAUCUAAAAAUGUGUUAUUACAUGUAUUUGUUGUUUAUACCCAUCAGGAGGAAGUAAUAGCUGGAAAAUAUCUGGAUGCUUUCCUUGAUAUACUCAAUUUUCAGGGCACUAAUGUAUGGACAACAGAUAUGCCUAAAAAAAUCAUGGCAUAUUUCCAUGCUCAGAAUGUUAUAUUUACUAUUAGCAACCUACAGUUGUCUAUAAAAAACUACCUUGAGAACCUUUUAUAUCAGCCCAAGCAGCUGCUGUCAGAUUUUCAACAGGUUAAUCACCAGCAGUUUCAAACUGCAAUGAAAUAUCUCUUCAGGAGCAAAAAGAACCAUUUUGAAAUGGGAAAUUUUGUUCUCGAUCUGGACAAAAUUAGGGAGAGAAUUUUCCAAAGCCCAGGAGGAAACAGGACAUUGUUCCUUGUUACAUUGGAGAAAUGCUUUUCAGCUUUGAAUUCUAUGGAAUGUGUGGAUAUACUAAGCCAAGUUCUGCGGGUGUCUUCAAUGAGCUAUCUCCAACCUGAUGUCAUUAGAAGCCUCCCUAAAGAUCUUCAUCAAGACACUUUCAGAAACUUAUCAGCAGUAUUCAAGGACCUCUAUGACAAGACAACAGCAAAUGCACAAAGAACUCUUUAUGACUGGAUGAAGCAAAUUCUACAGAAAUCCUAUAUCACCAAUGAGUUAAAUGAUUCAACCUCUUGGGUCAGUGCAGAAAAUCUAUGGAUUUUGGGAAGAUACAUGGUCCAUCUUCCAUUAGAAGAAAUUAUGAAAAUUAGUCUGAAUGAAAUGAGACUAUUCAUAAGCUAUGACAAUGCAACAAAGCAGUUGGAUACAGUGUAUGAUAUCACACCAGAACUCGCGCAAGCGUUUUUAGAAAGAAUAAACUCAUCAGGAUUUGAUCUCAGAAACACUUCCACUAUCUACAGGUUAGGCUUGUUGGUUUGUUUUUAUGACAAUAUGGAACAAAUGGAUGCCAUUGUGGCAAAGGUUUUACUUCAUCAAAUGAUGAAAUGCAAUCAGCUGAGAGGCUUCCAGGCUGAGGUCCAUAAGCUCAAAGCUCAGCUCCUAGACAUUGCCAUGCAAAACCAGACAUUGAAUGAUACCCUUGGGUCUCUGUCUGAUGCCGUGGUUGGAUUGUCUUCAACUCAGCUGGACUCUUUGUCACCUGAAGCAGUGCAUAAUGCUAUUUCAACAUUAAACCAAGUCUCUGGAUGGGCAAAAAGCCAAAUUAUGAUUUUAUCCAGCAAAUACCUUACUUAUGAAAAGGUUUUAUCAUUUUAUAAUAUUAGUCAAAUGGGUGCUUUGGUGACAGGAAUUAGUGCUCAAUCAUUCUACAACAUGAACCCAAAGGAGCUCUCUCAAGUUAUUAGAGGCACCUUAUCCCAGUAUGCUUCUGAUUUAUCGCCUGCACAACAACAAGGUAUCCUCAGUAAGAUGCUUACAUCUAGAGAUCUUUCUUCAGCAGUCACAGAUAUACAAGGAGCUUUUUUUAAAGAAGUAUCUCUUUCUGAUUUAUGGAAGGAAACAGGUUUUAACUCUUCAAUCAUAAAAGAAAAGGAAUUAAGAAAAAGCCAGGCCUUGUUUCUGUAUGACUUAUUGCAGGGGCGGAGUAGACGGUGUCCAGAAGAGAUUCUUUCUUGCUAUUUGUUGGUGAAAGGAGUAACAUGCCAGCAGAUUGACCUUAUGAGCACCGACUCUUUUCUAAAUAAUUUCAGAUUCUUUGAAAAGAAUCUGCAGUUGCUUUCUCCAUAUCAGGUUAACUGUUUGGCUUGGAAAUUUUGGAAAGAGUCCAACACAUCUAUCCCUCCCUUCCUCUUAUCAGUACUUCCUGCUCAGUAUCUGGAAUCCAUUUCAGGCACUUUGUGUGUCCCUUUCCUGGUAAGUCUGGGGAAGACUGAACUAGAUCUUCUGAUUCCAAAUCUGCAUAAAAAGAAUGCAGUCCUGCAGAAAGUACAAGAGUGUCUGAAUGGUUCCAUUGGUGAUGAAUAUGACGUGGACAUACUUGGAAAUCUAAUCUGCCAUUUACCUCCAGCAAUUAUACGCGAUGGAAUAUCCCUACGGGCCAUGGCAAUAGCCCUUCACCAAUUCAGAUUCUGCCGGCAGCUCAGCCAUGAACAGAAGACUGAAAUUAAAUACAAACUUACUGAGUUACAUGGCACCCCAAAGAACUGGACAAUUCAAACAACACAGGAUGUUGGACCAUUCGUUGCUCUUUUGGCAAAAGAUGAAUUAACUGUCCUUGCUGAAAAGUUCCCAGAUACAAUUUUACAAAUAGCAAAGAUGGCUCAGCCAGCGUCUCUACCUGAAGAGUUUCUGUCUGCUGUAUUUGAAUCUAUUCGCAAUUCCAGUACUAGCAUUAGAGCAGCUGACCCUACAACUGACUGCACAGGAAUCACAGCCCCCUCUUCAGAUGAGAUUAUUAAAUUAGCAGAAGCAAAUGCCUUUUGGUCAGUUCAGGAACUACAAUGCCUGGAUUCAGAGACUUUUACCAAAAACGUGGGAUUCCUUGGGACUGUAAUGGGUUUCAACCGAUCCCAGCUUAUUGUCCUGAAGGAGAAAGCUAAGCAGGUUUGGAGUGCAUUGCCGGGCUGGAAGAGUUACCAUAUUGUCUCCCUUGGGCGCAUUGCCAUAGCUUUCAAUGAGAGUGAAAUAGAAGAGUUGGAUUUAAGUUCUAUUGACACCAUUGCUGCACUUAGUCAACAAACAGAAUGGACUCUUGUCCAGGCUAAAUCUAUUUUAAAAGGGUUUCUUAAGGACUCUAGUCAGACAGUCCAUAGGCUGAAAAGCUUUGAUUUAGCAGGAUUAGGAGCUAAUCUGUGUGCUCUGAACACCUCAGAUAUCAAGACGAUAAAGACUACAGAAUUCAGUGCUGUGAUUGCAAGAGUUGGUUUGUUGCCAUGUAGCCCUCCUGUUCUGGAAGAGUUUAAGAAGAUGGCAGAAUCUGUAUUUGGAAUCGCUACAGGAUGGAACAGCUCUGUUGUACAUGAGAUUGGUACCAUAGCAGCUGGUUUAAAUGGGAAGGAGCUUAAAGCUCUUGACAAAGAUGUGAUGCCAUAUUUUCAACCAGCUGCCAUAAGACACAUACCUGAUGAAGUUUUCAAAGAGCUGUCCCCAGAACAAAUAGCAAACCUUGGCCCUGAAAAUGCAGCCAUGGUUACAGAAUCUCAGAGAAACCAUCUGAAUGUACUGCAGCUGCAGAGUCUUCAGUUGGCACUAGAUGGCGCCAGGACAAGUGUCCAAUAUGCACAAACUAGUGCAAGCUCCAUUCGGUCAACACAUACUCCAGCCUCAAAUUGUGCCCACUUUUCAAGUGGCUUCAGCAUUUGUUUGUGUGCCCUGUUUAUCCUUUGUCUCACUUCCUGAAGUGUGAUUGUUAAACUUAAUAAGCCUAGAACACACAUGGGAGUUGAUAGAACAGAUCAUUUAGAAAGCCAAUCAGUGGAUAAAGAGCUGCAGCCUCUCGGGGAUGCUGGAUCAUAGUAGUGGUUAGUGUCUUAAAAAGCAACAAACUGAUCCAGCACUCAGUUUCAUCGUAUGAGUAUAGACAGCAAGUACUAUUUGCUGUCUUACAUUUCAGAGAUUUUAGGACUCUUCCUACCCUUUCAUGACAAGCUGGUGUCUCAUGAAAAGACAGUGAAGGCUUCAGAUUUAUACAUAUUACAGAGGAGCCUGAAUGACUCAGGAGACUGAUACAGUGAUAGAGAUUGUUAGGCAGUCCAUGUGCUGUGGUCAUGGCUUUAAAUAUUGACCAGUUUACUCUUACUGCUUCCUUGUACUUCCCUGUCUGUCUCAGCUUGCAUUAUGCGACUUAGGCUCAUGAUUGGCCCUCCAUCAUCUCAGUGGGCCACAAGAUUGUCACAUCCAAGACAGUCUGUCGGGAUAGGGUAGUUUUGCUCACUGUGCUCACAUAUCUAAAAUUUGCAGGGUGUGCUGACUGAACAUAGCACUUCAUUGGAUGCAAAGGGAGUGCAUGGUUCUCACCAACAACAUCAUACGUGCUGAUUGCACACCUCACUUCACAUGCCCUUGCUUUACAUGUAUGUCACUUUAGUAAUACGGCAGGAAAAAAACUACAUGGACAGAACCCCGUGAAAUCUGAUAACUCUGUGCAUGUGAAACUGUAAACAAAAUGUCUCACAGGCCACACAUAGAAUCCUGAUGGGCUACAUGUGCCCCAGGAGCCAAAGGUUGCCCGUUACCAGUCUUAGCCAUUUAUUGUUUCCUCUUAUAUUUUGAUUGCAAGCUCUUCAGGGUAAGCUCUUUGAUUGCAAGCUCUUAUAUUUUGGUACAGCACCAUGGAACCCCAGUUGUUACCACAAUACCUCUAGGAUGAUGUCUGAAGCCUGCCCACAUAAAUAGUACAGGCUGUUACUAUUCUAUGGGUGAGAAGUGAAUAGGCCCCUGCUUUAUUUCUUGUAGGAAUAAUCCACUAAACAUUGUAUUUUAUCAACAUAUAGAGUGUGUCCAGUAUUUAAAAUAGGAAAAUUUUCAUGUCAAGUCCCCAUAUUUUAAACAUUGUCAGCUGAAAACAGUUCUUACGCUCUUCUUAUACACAAUUGUCUUUUGCUGGUGGUGUUGCCAAAAAUCCAUGGUAAACAUUUAUUUUGCAAUUGCAAAAAAUUUGUGGAAUAAGAUGACAGCAUCCUGUUUAAGUACUUUUAAAUAGGACAAUUUAUAGUCUAGAAAUUACUGUUAUUCCUGUUAGAUUGUACU